GUCAGCGUUUAAAGGUCACAUUGUUCUAUGUUGGUUGUUGGCACCGAUCGAACGGUGUCCUUAGAUUUUGAACGGGACCAGAAGUUGGCAUUAACUGGUGUGCAUAUAUCCUCUAGUUGUCCGCAUGUUACCCUCUGACGUGGAAUCAGAUAUGAAUAUUCGUAGUACUUCUCCAACCGGAGUAUUCACCGUAGAUAAUUUAGUUUCGGAGAAAUUCACAACUACAUCCACACAUUUGCGCAAAAGAUUGGAUGGGAAGUGGACCAUUGGUGACAUUGACAUUGGAAGAAAGCUUGGUGAAGGUCGUUUUGGUUCAGUUUAUCUCGCUAGAGAAAAGGCUAGUCGAUUCGUUAUUGCCUUGAAGAUUCUGUCGAAAUGUAGACUAACAACUCAGGAAUUAAUGAAGCAAGUGCAGCGUGAGAUAGAAAUACAGUCUCACUUAAAACAUCCAAACAUUGUUCGAAUGUACAGUUAUUUUUAUGAUAAGAAGCGAAUUUACAUGGUCUUGGAAUACCUUCCAAGAGGUGAACUUUCUAAAGACAUCACUCGUUUUGGCCAUUUUGGAGAUGCUCGCGCAGCAACUUAUGUGUAUCAGCUUUCAAAAGCUUUGUCUUACUGUCAUCAGAAUGAUAUCAUACACCGGGAUGUAAAACCAGAAAACAUACUUCUCGGAGCUCGUGGUGAAGUGAAGAUUGCAGAUUUUGGUAGUGCAGUGCACUUACCAGCUUCCCGACGUAUGACAACUUUUGGUACACUCAAUUACCUGGCUCCUGAAAUGUUUCAUUUGGACCGUGUUCAUGAUCAUACCGUAGAUAUAUGGAGUUUGGGAAUACUCACUUUCGAAAUGCUUACGGGUUAUUUGCCCUUUGAUGGAGAUACCUUUCAGGAUAUCUCUGGGAAAAUUCAAACUGCUGAUAUUGUGUUUCCAGAUACACUUAACGUAGAUGCAAAGGAGCUUAUCACUGGUAUGCUUAAGAAGUCGCCAAAUCAAAGAGUUUCUUUAGAUGAAGUUGAUAGUUUUCAGUGGAUUAAGCUACAUGCAGAAUUUUCCGUCAGUCAAUGCAAAGCAGCCCUUUAUGAGUGGGAAAACUCGAGUUGUCAAAAUUCUACGUGUCCCUCGUCUAGUAGCUAUGAAAGUUCAUCUACGUUUACAAACACGUAUUCAAAUGAUUAACAAACCCAUAUUUCACAAUAUUAUCAAUUAUUAUGUCUUUCAGCAGUAUUUAAGCCACCUUAGCAUUUUAUCGAAAAGAAACGUUUGUUGUAUUAACCGUGUUUUUACACUCAAAUGCACUAGA